AUAUGAUACAGGAAUAUGUUAAUAAUUAUCAAUAUCUUCAGAUUUAUACAGAUUCAUCGAAAAUAAAUGACAAAAUAGGAAUAGCAUUCAUAGUACCGGAAUUUCAAAUAAGAGUAGGAAAACAAAUCACAAAUGGUUUAUCAGUAUACUCAGGAGAAAUAUUAGCAAUACUUUUAGCAGUACAGUGGGUGGAAGACAUAAGACCAUUAAAAACAAUAAUUUGUUCAGAUUCAAGUUCAGUAUUAUUGAGUUUAAAAUAUAACCAUUCAGACAGCAGGCCAGACAUUCUACUAGAAAUACAGCAAACUUUAUUCAGACUGCAAAUGAUGGGUUAUCAAUAGUAUUCUUAUGGGUUCCAGCACAUAUUGGGGUUAAAGGAAAUGAGAUGGCAGAUAAGAUGCCUAAGAAGGUAACGCAAAAUCAUAUUAAUUUUAUAGUACAUUUAAGUAAAUCAGAAGCAAAAAGCAUCAUCAAACAGAAAUUGAAGGAAGAAUGGCAGAAAAGGUGGGAUGGAGAAAGAAAAGGAAGAUGGUUUUAUAGGAUCAAAAAGGCAGUCAGUGAAAAAAGAACUGGAAGAAGGAAUAGAAAGGAGGAAAGGGUAAUAACAAGACUAAGAUUAGGACAUACAGGACUUAAUUAUACACUUUUUAAAAUACAUAAACAUAAUACAGGACAAUGUGACUACUGUGGGAUGGAUGAAACAAUUGAACAUAUUUUUAUAGAGUGUCAGAAAUAUGAGCUGGAAAGAAGAAGCAUGAAGAGAGAAUUUGAAAGGAUUAAAGAAAAGUUUAGCAUAAUAGAUUCAUUACAAAAGAACAGAGGGAGCAAAUAUAUAGAAAUUAUUUUAAGAUUCCUAAAUAGAACAAAAUUAUUUAAUAGAAUUUGAGUAUAUAAGAUAUUAAUCCAUGUGGAACCACACACCAUACCAGUGGUGGCGGUAAUGCACACCUACAGAUUCAUGCCAACCGCCAUUAAACACCAGAAGAAGAAGGAGUCGCCUCACUCUAUUGUAACGCCCUGAGUUCUCCGUCUGAUGAAAAAUAAAGUAACGUUGCUUCGCUGAGUUUGGAUGAAAGAGCUGUAACUGUUUAGGAACCGUUAAAGGAUCGUUAGAAGAGAAACUAACAACAGAGAUGUGGAGGCAGCAGCUCAAACGGUGGCAGAGUGCAGCAGAGGGAGAGAUUUCUAAGACGGCGACAAAAGACAAAGAAUAUAAGCUGAGUCACGACAUCAUGGAUGCUGGUUUCAACCCCAGAGUUGUGCUGCACAGAUUAGAUGUUAAGCAGAUCCUCAUGGUUAAAGAAGCUCCUCUAGACCACAGACCUUGUGAUGACCUGCAUGACCCAAAGCCCCCACACAUAAAGGAGGAACAGGAGGAAGUUUGCACCAGUCUGGGAGGAGAGCAGCUCAAUGGGAAAGAGGAGUUUAAUCCCAUCAGGUUUCCAGUGAAUGCUACUCCCAUAAAGAGUGAGGAUGAUAAACAGUCCCUACUGUUCUCACAGAUUUAUCAAGACAAAGUUAAAGGCAGAGAGCUUCCAGAAGAGAACGAUGGAGGAGAAGAAUCCAUCCGGUUACAACAUCAUGAAGAUGGUUCCAUUUCUCCACAAACUGAAGACACUAAGGAUGAAGAGGACGCUGAUGUAAAGCACCACAGAGAAGAGAAACCUUUCUGUUGUGAUCUUUGUGGACAAAGAUUUAGUCAUAAAAGAAAUUUAAACGGUCACAUGAGAAUCCACACAGGACAGAAACCUUUCUGUUGUGAUCUAUGUGGACAAAAAUUUAGCCGAAAAUCAAGUUUAAACACACACACUCGAAUCCACACAGGACAGAAACCUUUCUGCUGCGAUCUUUGUGGACAAAGAUUUAGCCAGAUAUCAAGUUUAAACAAACACACUCGAAUUCACACAGGACAGAAACAUUUCUGUUGUGAUCUUUGCGGACAAACAUUUAGUUGUAAAGGAAAUUUAAACAGUCACAUGAGAAUCCACACAGGACAGAAACCUUUCUGUUGUGAACGUUGUGGACAAAGAUUCAGUCAUAAAGGAAAUUUAAACAGUCACAUGAGAAUCCACACAGGACAGAAACCUUUCUGCUGUGAUCUUUGUGGACAAAGAUUUAGCGAGAAAUCAAGUUUAAACAAACACACUCGAAUCCACACAGGACAGAAACCUUUCUGUUGUGAUCUUUGUGGACAAAGAUUUACGUAUAAAUCAAAUUUAAACAAUCACAUAAGAAUCCACACAGGGGAGAAACCUUUCUGCUGUGAUUGUUGUGGACAAAGAUUUAGCCAAAAAGUCUAUUUAAACAAACACAUUCGAAUCCACACAGGACAGAAACCUUUCUGUUGUGAUCUUUGUGGACAAAGAUUUAGGUAUAAAUCGAAUUUAAACAAACACAUUCAAAUCCACACAGGACAGAAACCUUUCUGCUGUGAUUUUUGUGGACAAAGAUUUAGCCUAAAAGCCUAUUUAAACAAACACAUUAUAAUCCACACAGGAGAGAAAUCUUUCUGUUGUGAUCUUUGUGGACAAAGAUUUACACACAAAUCAAGUUUAAACAGACAUAUGAGAAUCCACAUUAAAGGGAAAAUGGCUUAGCUAUAAAUACUCGCUCAAGCUGCACGGCUGUAGUUUGGUGAGACAUUUCGAUGUCAUUAGAGGCAACAGUCUUCAAAUGGCUUCAAUGUUUCUCUGGGGGUUAAUUUAUAUAUGUUUUAUGUCUUUACUUGUAUAACUGGAAUUUCUUUGCCAGGUAAGUUUUAUUCACUAUAUUUAGUCUUUUGUUUAGAUGGAGCUGUAGCACAGGUGUGUUUUCAUGGUAUGUAAAUAGUUUUACGGUUUUAGAUACAGAAUCAGGGCACCUUGCUGUCAUUAGGUCGACCAUGAACUCCUCUGUAUACCAGAGUAUCUUUGAGUCAAGGUUAAUCAGCUGAAGCUUGGAUCAAAGUGGAUCAUCAGUAGGAUAAUAAUCCCAAACAAAGCAGCAAAUGUAAAAAGGAUCGACUUAUAAAAAGACCAAAUCCUGACUGAAAUUCUAGGUUCUCACCAGAGCUGUGCAAAAUUGAUGUCGGCAAACCUCAAUGAAACGAGUCAAUGGUGAAAAGUGGGCCAAGAUCAUUUUUUUCUGUGUCUGAAUCCCCCAGUCAAUUACAGCUCAUAGGUGUUUCUUCCUCAUGUCAACACAUCCUUGCUCAGUAUGAAGGACUGCUGCAAAGUCAAUGUCUUUAUGCAGUUAGCUGGGCUUUCUUAACCUUUUAACCUGACGGACCCACCAUUGGGUUUGGCUGAGACACAGAAGAGAAAAUGACCGGUUUAAAGGUUCUGGACCACAUUUGAUGGAUCGGUGAUGGAUCAGUGAUUGAUGUUUACAAUCACCCCGACCCUCCUCCUCCAGAACAAAGAGGCUCCAUCUUUGUUCAAAGAGGCAGUUUAUAUUGGACUGACUAAAGACUUGUUUGAUUCAGAAUUGGUCACUAUCCACUUUGCUGGACGAGUUUGUGUCACAAACAAGGAAUUUGAUUUGGGUUUCCAAAAUCACAACAUAUAAAAAACAUUUAGAGAGAUAAAAAAUAAGGACAAGGAGCAGAAUGUACAAGUGUGUGUGUGUGUGUGUGGGCUGGUAUGCAGCCCAUCAUAAUUUUUAUAUAUGUCUAUAUAAAUAAUAAUAGGGAAGGUUGUGAGUGCUGUAUCCUUAGUUGUUUUCAGCUCAGUACUGAAUGUUUUUCAUUGAUAGUUAUUUUCUGCGAAUUUGUAUGCAUUGUUUUUUAUUGAAUAUUCUUUAUUGCACAUUGGUGUACAUCGUUUGUCAUGGAUUAUUCUUUUUUUCAAUAAAAAAGGACAAUUUA